GCUACUUGGACUGUCCUUUUUCUCCAGGGAUAUCCUGGAUUCUUCAGUGGGGGCAUUAAGCCAGCACAUAAACCCAACUUUCCCUUGUAAAGGGAAAAAUCCAGACUGUUUUUCUAGGAUUUUCCAAGCAGUUUGCCUUUGGGUCAAGGUCCAUCUCUGCAAUGUUUAGAGCUCCCGUUGCCAAUCUCAUCGUUCCCUCCCUUUGUCCCGUGACGUGGCUGCUCCCAGCAGGAAGAGGAGGGUCAUAGGAAACCACCCAGCUCUGCCUUCCCAGAUUUUCAUCCCUCUGGAGGAUCAUGAAAUCAUUUAGGCUGGAAAAGCCCUCUGAGAUCCUUGAGUCCAACCAUUCCCUGCCAGCACCCCCCUAACCCAUGUCCCUAAAAGCCAAGGGCAGUGCCAGAGGAUCUGAACCCAGCCUAAGCCACCAGGAACCUCUGUGAGCCCAGGCUGUUCCCAGCCCUGAGAGCAUGGCUUGGAAGGAGAAGGGCACGAGCCCACCCUCGUGUUUCAUCCAGCACCUGGACCACCUUGUGCUGACUGUGAAGAGCAUUGAGGACACCGUGGCCUUUUAUUCCAAAGUUCUGGGCAUGGAGGUGGUGACUUUCAAGGGCAAUCGCAAAGCUUUACGUUUUGGGCAGCAGAAGUUCAACCUGCACGAGGCUGGGCGGGAGUUUGAGCCCAAGGCUCGGCGCCCGGUGCCCGGCUCUGCAGAUUUCUGCCUGAUCACAGCAGCACCCCUGGAGAAGCUGGUGGAGCAUCUGGAGGCCUGUGGGGUGGCCAUUGAGGAAGGUCCUGUGGCCAGAACUGGUGCUGUGGGUCCAAUAACCUCCGUCUACUUCCGAGACCCCGAUGAGAACCUGGUUGAGGUUUCCAGGUACUGCACAGAUGCUGCUGCAGACACUGAAGGGAAACCCUGAGCUCAGCCCAGGCUCUGCCUGGCUCCCAGCAGGAGAUGGACUGGGUUUAGAGGCCAGGUUUGGCUGGCCAAAAAUCCAAGCUUUAAUUGUGUAAGCCUGGGACAAGCCUCAAAUCACAGCCACAGAGUAGGGCUGCAAGGACAUCAGGAGUUUUUCCAAGGCAGCCUGCUCUGCUCUGGGUGUGAAUCCUGCUUUUAUAAUCUCCAUCACAGAGACUUCAUGGCCUUCUGCAAAAUCUGUCCUGCUGCUGCUGCACUGCAAUUUUUGGGACAUUCCUGCUAUCCCUCUUGCUGCAGUUGAAGUCCUCAUUCCUACACUGCCCACCUGUCACUCCUCUCCUCUUCAAAGCUGCUUUUCCACAGUUGGAAAUUUCUGUCUCACUUCCUCUCAUCCUCCUGAUUCUUGUCUCUACCUGCUCCGUGCUGGUGGCUCUCCCACCAAGCCAGAGGUUUAAAUCCAGCUGUGACUGUCCAAACACACUCCUCACCUGGGAUUUGGGGAUUUGGCCUUGGUGUGACACUCAAACACUCCUGAAACUGCAGCUCCAAGUUCCAUCCUCAGCUCUGUAUCAAUAAUUGUGGGGUUUCUGUCACUCAGGAAUGGAAAAAGCAGGGAUGAGGGUCCAGUUCACCUGGAUUUAUGCAGGGAUGAGGAUCCAGUUCACCUGGAUUUAUGCAGGGGUUGAGGACGGUCUGACACAGAGGAGUCUGACUCUGAUAGCAUCUGAUUAUUUGUGGGACUGUCCUAAGUUUUCUUCUUCCUUUAAUGAAUUAAAAAUCCAUUUCAAAGUAAUCUAAAAAGUAUAAAACAAUGAAGGAUUCUCAAGCAGAGCAGUUCCCAGGCUGGCCACACUGAGGUAGCAUCGUUAUCCUCACGGGAACAGCGCUGGAAAGAAGGGAGAACUCUUCUGACCUCUACAGUCCAAAUCCUCUAUAAAAUCGAAACAAUCUCUCAA